GCGCGGGUUUCCGUCGUCGGCGAGUUGCAAGUAACGAACGGAAACAGCAUGAGGGAAAACACCGUGAAAAAAGAAGCAGCCGUCAUUCAGAUAAUAAUUAACCUCGAUUAUUCCUCAUACCUUAAAGGUAUACCCAGAAAUUCAAGUUACUGUAUACUUCCGGUCGGGGAUGGAAGGACUGCGACUGGGUUUAUGGCUCCUUGGCGGAUGAAUGAAAAUCGCACGAUUUCGGAGCCGAUCCCCGAAUUAAAGAUAAAGUUGAGCAAGGGUGGAGAUCAGAAUCAGAAUAGUUUUCGCGACCACAAGUGCUCGCAGCAGCAAGUGUGGCCCGCAGUGUACAAGCCCGGUGACAUCGUCAGGGGUGUCGUUGAAACGAACUUUGACAGCGUCACCUGCGACACCAAAGACGGUAUCUGGAAGGCCCUCUGGCAACCAUCUAGACUGACAAGUACUUGGCAGACGUGCACAUCAUCCCCGCCAUCAGAGACCCACGUGCAGCCCUUGUCCAAGUCCCUUUUCCCAGACUUUGGUUCUCAAACCUUGAGCACCACUCGGUCCACCACUGUGAGUGCCACCACCAAGUCCUCGACAACUAGUUGCUAUGUAACGCCCUUGGGGGAUAAUUUUUUGGCUCAUCAGAAGGCCCUGUGGCAACCAUCUAGACUGACAAGUACUUGGCAGACGUGCACAUCAUCCCCGCCAUCAGAGACCCACGUAGUCGGGAACAGGUUCAGGGAAAAGGGUCUGAAACCAAGAGUUUGGAACUCGUGGCCUUUGGUCAAAGCGGCUCGUGAGAAGUUGCGUUUUGAGUGCACAUUGCCGGCGGCGAAUUUGCCGCAGACGUUUUUUGGGACCUAUGGCAAGAUUAGCUACUGGAUCAUUGCCCUGGUACAGGGAGAGAAACCCAUAUGGACCAUGCAGAAGAUUGUGGUGCUGGCCAAGCAAGGUGGUGAAAUAGCUGAGGAGGAUUUGCAGAAGCAUGAAGCCUGUUGCCUCAGAAGCAAAGGAGUGGUCGAAAUAGUUGUGAAGUUGCCAAGGAUAGCAUUCGCAGUGGGGGAAUGUAUUCCUGUGACCACGGAAAUAACAAAUUCGACCAAGUACAACAUCACUGGCUGCAAACUUUCCCUGUUCCAGUGGUCUGCGCCCGCAGAGAGUAAACCGAGGUGGCCAAACUGGUUCUUUCUGAAUUUGGCAGCUGCGGAAAUCCGCCAUCCCUCAUUGCGCUCGACUAUUGGCUCGAAUUUCAAGUCAAGGCCGAUUCCCGGGUUUUCGAAACCCAACGACUGA